AUGGCUCCAGCAACACGGGCACUGCCUCUCACCUGCCUGAUGCUGCUCCUGCUCCGGACAGCCCCGGGUGCGGGUGCCCCCCGGCCGGGUUGGAACUUCGAGCUGCGGCAGCCCCAGGACAAGGUGUCGGUGAUGGCGGGGGAGACACUCACCCUGAACUGCACUACAUCCCAAGGCGGUCCGAUUGGUGCCGUGAAGUGGCUGAAGGGCUGGGGCAGUGGGAACGAGACUAUUUACAGCCCUACGGGCUCCUUCUCUCGUGUGACGAGGGCAGUGGAGGGGUCUGACACAGACUUCACCAUCCGCAUCAGGGAUGUUCGCCCCGAGGAUGCCGGCACCUAUUACUGCGUGAAGUUCCGCAAAUCACUGCUUGGUUAUGAGGUGUUUCAGCGGGGAAGUGGCACAGAGGUGUCCGUCCGUGCCAAACCCACGACCCCGGUUGUGUCCGGGCCCGGCCGCAGAGUGGGGCCGGGGCAAUCGGUGCCUUUCACCUGCACGGCCGGAGGGUUCUUCCCCAAAGACAUCAGCGUGAAAUGGCUCAAGAACAGUGCCCCGGUCUCGGCUCAGCAGCCCCAGAUCACCCUGGAGUGGAUGAAAUCCUCCUACAACAUGUCCAGCACUGUGACGAUGACGCUGCAGGAGGACGACGUCCACUCGCGCCUCAUCUGCGAGGUGCAGCACCCCACGCUGACAGCCCCACUGAGGGGGAUGUACCAGCUCAGCAGCGUCCUGCGAGUCCCCCCCAGAGUCCGUGUGGUCCCUGACCCGCCGAGUCCCGUUGAGGUGAACAAGACCGUGAACUUCACCUGCCACGUGGAGGGGUUUUACCCGGGAGAGGUGGCCGUCACCUGGCUGGAGAACGGGACGGAGAUGAAGGCAGAGAGCAUCUCUGGGCCGGUGAAGAUGUGGCAGGGCUUGUUUGCGCUGAGGAGCCUGGUGGAGGUCCAAGCGACGGAGGAGAAGAACCGGUCCAUGUUCACCUGCCGGGUGGUGCACGAUGCCCAGGACCCCGUCGACAGGUCGACCACCCUGUGGAUCACCGCCCCAGCCAGGGAGGGACUGAGUCUAAACCUCCUGUCCAGCCCCGGCUUGUGGCUUGGCAUCCUGCUGGAGAAGGGGCUCCUCGGCGGCCUCCUCAUCUUCCUCUUCAAGCGCGGAAGGGCAUGAGGAGGGA